CAACACCUUCCUCCACAACAUUGAUAUGUAUGAUAAUCUCGAGCGACCUGGCUUUAUUUUUUUUCUUCGCGGUACCUGGCCAGAUACUCUCUACUGGUAGGGAAUUCUGUCGUUCGUCAAAACGCGAUUCAUCCGUAGUCUUUCGUGAGUCGCGAGUCGGAUCUUUGUUUAUCCUCAAAGUUCCCCUGCCUCUUUCCUUUGGCUAUGAUUCUAACACUUCGACCAACGCACCAUUGUGUACAGGCGCCGCAUUGCUCAUUGCAGCUCCUGAAGUGGUUUUUCGGUGCAAUAUCAAAUAAUCCCACCUCGUGCCGUGUGCAGACUGUAUAUAUGUACACGCAGAUAGUGUGUGGGAUGGAUAUGUUCACCCGCUGUACAUUGGUUGAAUUAGGAAUUGUACUUUCGUGAGCACUAGUAGGAUGCUCGUUAUGCUAUGCACAUGGCACUAGUUGUGCUUUAUUGAAUAUAUGUUUCUUUGCUCCAUGCU